AUGUUUCCAUUUCCCGAUGGAAGAAUCGUUGGUGGUGAAUCAGUAAAUAUUGAGGAUUAUCCAUACCAAGUUCAACUAUUAUAUUGGGAACUCCACAUUUGUGGCGGAUCGAUAAUUUCUUCGAGAUACAUCGUGACAGCUGCUCAUUGCACAAACGGAACUGUAGCUUCGGAGUUAUCAAUCAGAUAUGGAACAUCAAUCAGAAAUGAUGGAGGUGAUAUUGCUCAAGUUGCAACUUUAUAUCAACAUCCGGAAUACGAUGAAGAAACCGCCGAUUUUGAUAUUUCGUUAUUAAAGCUUGGGGAAGACCUACUAUUUGCAGAUAAAGUCCAACCUAUCAAAUUACCUAGUUUAAAUGAGGCAAUUCCUGUUGGAGAAUUAUGUGUUGUUACUGGAUGGGGUAGAUUAGAACAUAACGGAGUUCCCCCUUUACAACUUCAAGCUGUUAGAAUUCCGAUAAUUACUUUGGAACAGUGUAGAGAGGCUUAUGCUGUUAGGAAUUUAACAGUUAGUGAUCGUAUGAUUUGUGCUGCUUAUCCAAGUGGGGGAAAAGAUGCUUGUCAAGGUGAUUCUGGUGGCUCAUUAGUUGUUGAUGAUGUUCUUUUUGGAAUUGUUUCGUGGGGAAUUGGUUGUGCAGAUCCUAAUUUUCCAGGAGUUUAUGCAAGCGUUUCUGCUCUUCGAUCAUAUAUCACAGAAAUUUCAGGAAUAUAAUUUUUUUACAUAAAUAAAAAGCUU